AUGUCAAGAACAUAUAUGGGAAUUCAUAAAUUUGUGGAGCUGCAAACAGAACCGUUAGAUUUGUCAAUGUCAAGAAUGACUGAGAAACGGAUUGAACCAUCAGAUCUAUUAGCGAUAGAGGUAAGUGAAAGACAAGUAGAACUCAGCGAAAUUGAUCAGAAUGACGCAAGACCGUUGAACCUAUCAGUUCAAGAAGUGAGUAAGGAACAAACAGGUAUAGCAAUUGAUCCGAAGACAUUAUCCCUUCAAAAGGAAACCUCAAGGCUAAAAAAACAUACGACUAACACACCUAAGAAGUUGUUCAAAUGCAAAAUAUGCGGGAAGAGCUUUCCACACUUAUGGAAUAUGAAGAGACAUAUGGAAAUUCACAUAGGUGAUAGGCCAUUCAAAUGCAAAAUAUGCGGGAAGGAUUCUUCCCGCAUGUUUCGCAUUUGUGUGGUCUAUCACCUGUGUGAAUUCUCACAUGUUGAUUCAGUUGCGAUGACUGAAUAA